AUGAGCUUUACACGGACAGAGAAGAACCCUUCAGCUAGGAUUGCUCUCUUUGAUAGCAGGAAAUUUAGCCAGAUUGGAAUAGACCCAAGCACGACUUAUGGCUCGAAGCUUGAUAGAAGUUGUCAAAUACAGACGAGGUCUAGGCAGAAUAACUCUCAAAGCUCAUUACAGAAGUCAUUUGAGUCUUUCAAGAUCAGACCUAGAAUCUGUGAUUUUGCAAUCAAAGAGGCUGGAUUAAGAAAAUAGUCAAAAAUUCUUUCGUAGUCCUGAGAAAGCACCUAAAGUCUUUGACAAAGAUAUCGGAAUUAAUUCAAAAUUUUCACGGAAUGCAUACAGAUUAAUAGACCUAAAAACUCAGAAAUAGCUUGAUAAAAUCUUUACAUAAAAUAAAUUCAAAAUUCAAGAGACCAAUGAAAAGGAAAGAGUCUCAAAAGGUUUAUCCUAGAGUUUUGGCCAAGAGUGAGGCAGUCCCUCGACAAUUUCCUAACUCUGUCAGCAGAAAUUCUACCUUGCCAAGACCAUUGACUGACUUAAAGAGCAUUAAAAUGCCUAAAUUGAAUUACUCACCCAGUAAAGGGUACUCUGUCUCAAACCAUGCUAAAGACUGGGAUUCAAGGUCCUUCAAUAAUAUCAGCUGUCGGAAGUCCAACAAAAGUCAAGAAAAAUCAUCUAAACUGAAGAGAAAUACCUCUCUUGCAUCAAAAAUGGAUUCUGUAGUAAGGAUCGGGAAGAGAAGAAAGCCUCUCCAGGUUUUCAAAGUUCAUGACGAAUGAAGAUAUCCUCCUACUGAGGAGCAAAAGAAAGCAUUCAAACUAACACUAAAACAGGAAGCGAAAGACAAUGUGUACAAGAAGGCAAUUGAAAGAUUAGUCAAGCAAGCUUACUAUAACAAGAGUGUAGGGAGCAUCCCACGAGGUAAAAGUUGUAGGAUCGAUCACGUCCUUUCUUUAAUCAAGAAAUAAAUUCAACAAUUUCUUUAA